AUGGCUACUCUAAGCUUCAACUCCACGACAAUCAAAACCCCAUCUUUCAACUACCCCAACUCCAUCAUCACCAAACUCUCCUCAUCAAAACCCACCAUCAAAUUCCCAUUUUUCACCAACAAAAAACCCUUCCUUCAACUCCGAACAUGUUCUGUAUCAGAAACCUCAGUAACAACAACCCAGAUAGAUACCGAAGAAGACAAAGAAACAACCCAGAUAGAAACCGAACAAGACAAAGAAACAACCCAGAUAGAAACCGAACAAGACAAAGAAACAACCCAGAUAGAAACCGAACAAGACAAAGAAGACCCAACUGCUGAAACAUGUUAUCUUGACCCAGAAACUGAUCCUGCUAAGAUAUUAACCUGGGAGUUGGAUUUCUGUUCUAGACCCAUUCUUGAUGCUAGAGGAAAGAAACUUUGGGAGCUUGUUGUUUGUGAUAAAUCUCUUUCACUUCAAUAUACUGAGUAUUUUCCUAAUAAUGUUAUUAACAGUAUCACUCUUAAGGAUUCUAUUGUUGGGAUUUGUGAUGAUUUGGAUCUACCUUUGCCAAAAAACAUUCGCUUCUUUAGGGCACAAAUGCAGACGAUUAUUACAAAAGCGUGUAAGGAGCUUGAUAUAACAGCUCUUCCUAGUAAACGAGUGAGUUGA